GGGAAGGCCUUGGGGAAAUGGCCUCUCUGUUCGCUGGCCCCACAGUGGUUGCGGAUGUCAUUAAAGAUCUAGACACUCAGAUAGCUUUGAUCGGUUUGGGUCCCCACAACCCCAAGAAGAAGCAAGACUUAGAUAAGCUUUAUGAUCUAAAAGCUAAAGCCCAACAGAUUAUGAACCAAUUUGGUCCUUCUACCUUGAUCAACCUCUCCAACUUCUCCUCCAUAAAGCCAGAACCAGCCAGCACUCCCCCGCAGAGCUCCAUGGCCAACAGCACCACCGUGGCAAAGAUGCCUGGGACGCCCAGCGGAGGAGGACGGCUCAGUCCUGAAAGCAACCAGGUUUUAACCAAGAAGAAAUUGCAGGACCUGGUGCGUGAGGUGGAUCCGAACGAGCAGCUGGAUGAAGAUGUGGAGGAAAUGCUGUUGCAGAUCGCUGAUGAUUUCAUAGAGAGCGUGGUGACGGCUGCCUGCCAGCUCGCGCGGCAUCGCAAGUCAAACACCCUGGAAGUGAAAGACGUUCAGUUACAUCUUGGUAA